AUGCCAAAUUACUAUCUAAGGACCUCUCAGGAGUAUCAAGAAUGCAAACAAUGUCCUGAAGAGAGAUCCUUAAAUAAGUAUAAUAUAGACAGUGGUCUGGCUAAUCAUGACAAAAAUGGCAUGGUUGAUGCAGCAAAUACGUAUACUCAUGUAUAUCUGGAUCUUCACUCACUUUCAGAAUUAAUCUUGAAUUCAGUUGGAAUAAGCUGGUUGAGCACAUCAGUAUUGAGAGAAUACAGUGAAAACUUAUGGAAAAACAUAUAUGUGCCGUGUACGCAGAUGGAACUUACUGACGGUAACAGAGGACUACUCAUCUGA